UAACAAGAUUUAUGAUAACUGCAUUGGAUAUAUAAACCUGCGCAAACUAUUUAUUAGUGUCAUGUACGAACGUCACUGUGCUCGUCCACAACUGCUAUGAUGAAGUACAUAUCAGCGCUGCUUGCCGUUUUGGCCAUUAUCGGUCUGGGACAAGCUCAUCCGUUCCGAAAUUUCGGCAGCGGUCCUCAAGAGCGUUCGUUGCAAGAAGAAUUGCUAGAUUUUCUAGAGCUUGUUCCGGCGGACCAAGUUCAAGACAUAGUAAUUAACUAUGUGAUUGCAGACGAAAAAGUACAAAACGCUCUGGCAUAUUUGUUUACACCUGAAUUCCAAUCGCUUCUACGUGACAUCGAAGCUCUUAAAGAAUUUGAUGCUCUAGUAACAUAUCUGCAGGAGGCUGGAUUGCCAGUCAUCGAGGCUCUACAAGAGGUGCACAGAAUCCUUGGCAUGGAGGAUUAUGAACCGCCUGGAUCAGGUCUUUUCCAACCUCUGUCUCAAACGCAGAAAAUCGGGGAUGGAAUGAAAGGAUUGAUCGAGGAUAUUUAUAAUGUGUUACCUAUUGACGAGAUUAAGGCACUUUACCAAGAGAAGUUGCAAAAUUCCAAAGUCUUCGCCGAAUUCAUCCAGAAAAUGAAGUCCCCCAAUCUGCAAAAAAUAAUCGACAAUUUGUAUGCAAAUCCAGUUUUUAAAAAUUUUGUCACGAAGAUCAGAGAAAACGGAUGGGAACUUCAGGAAUUGACAAAACAUAUUAACAGACUAUUUGGCCUUAAGUUUCCGUACUAAAAUUAUAAUACUUGUAAUAUUUUAAACGCGUGUUUUUAACAUGUCUUUCUGUUUUAUGUCGUUAUAUGUUGAUGCAAUAAUAAAAUUGUGAAAUUCUUAUACAA